GAACCGGCCCUGGAGUUCACAACAGCGCUAACAGCAACUGGAGAAGCAGGCUUCCAGCCGCCCAGCCCUUCAACUCAGAUCUGCUUGAGAGGACCUACCUGGGUGUCCCACCGACCAGUCCUUGCCCCAGGAUGGGGACCAUGUCCAGAGCAGCCUUGGUCUUGGCCUGUUUGGCUGUUGCUUCUGUAGCCUCUGAGGGAGGCUUCAAGGCUCCAGGGCAGAGGGAGGUGCGGCCAGAGCCUCUCACACACCCCCUUCAAGAAGUUGGCUAUGCUGCACCCCCUUCGCCGCCUCUGCCCAGAACUCUCCCCGUGGCUCACCCCGACCCCUCUCAGCACAGCCCUCAAUUGGAGGGACAGAGUGAAGUGCAGCCCUCUUCCUCUCAGGAAGCCACCCCUGCCCAGGAGGAGCUGCCCCCUCCCCAACUGCCUGUGGGAAAGAAAGGGGAUCCCCCUCUCCUUCAAGAAGCCAUCCCCCUCCAGGAACGGCUGUCCCCUCCCCAGGUCCCUACUGAGCAGAAGGAAGUCAGUCAUUCUGAAGAAAACCUGGCUCCCUUCAUGGACCACAGACCCCCAGAGCCUGAGUCCCGGAAUCCAGCCCAGCACUGCCAACAGGACCGACCCCGAGGUGGCUGGGGCCACCGGCUGGAUGGCUUCCCCCCUGGGCGGCCUUCUCCGGACAAUCUGGAUCAGAUCUGCUUUCCUAAUCGUCAGCAUGUGGUGUACGGCCCUUGGAACCUACCACAGACUGGCUUCUCCCACCUUAUUCGUCAGGGUGAGACCCUCAAUUUGCUGGAGACUGGAUAUUCCCGCUGCUGCCGCUGUCAGAGCCAAACAAACCGCCUGGACUGUGCAAAACUCGUGUGGGAGGACGCAAUGACCCGGUUCUGUGAGGCCGAGUUUUCGGUCAAGACCCGACCCCACUUGUGCUGCAAACGGCAGGGGGAGGCCCGAUUCUCCUGCUUCCAGGAGGAAGCCCCCCGGCAACACUACCAGCUCUGGGCUUGCCCCAGCCACCAGCCUGGUAUUUCCUCGGGCCCCGAGCUGCCUUUUCCCCCUGGGCUACCCACACUGGACAAUAUCAAGAACAUCUGUCACCUAAGACGCUUCCGCUCUGUGCCACGCAACCUCCCACCUACUGACCCCAUCCAAAGGCAGCUGCAGGCUCUGACCCGGCUGGAGGGGGAGUUCCAGCGCUGCUGCCGGCAGGGGAACAACCACACCUGUACAUGGAAGGCCUGGGAAGAUACCCUUGAUGGCUACUGUGACCAGGAACAGGCUAUAAAGACCCACCACCACAUGUGUUGCCACUACCCUCCUAGCCCUGCCCGUGAUGAGUGCUUUGCCCGUCGGGCUCCUUAUCCCAACUAUGACCGGGACAUCUUGGCCCUGGACCUCAGCCGAAUCACCCCCAACCUCAUGAGUCAUCUGUGUGGAAAUCAAAGAGUUCUCACCAAGCAUAAGCAGAUUCCUGGGCUGAUCCAGAAGGUGACUGCCCGCUGCUGUAACGUGCCAUUUCCAGAGCAGACCUGCUGUGCUGAGGAGGAGAAAUCAGCCUUUAUUGAUGACCUGUGUGGUCCCCGACGUAACUUCUGGCGAGACUCUGCUUUCUGCUGUAAACUGAGUCCUGGGGAUGAACAGAUGAACUGCUUCAACACCAAUUAUCUGAGGAAUGUGGCUCUAGUGGCUGGAGACACUAGGGAUGCCAAGGGCCAGGGGGAGCAGGGCCCAACUCGGGGAACAAAUAUCAGCUCCACCCUUGAGCCCAGGGAAGAGUGAGUCACCCCAGAGCCGUGGAGAGUCAGAUUGGGGGAACCCCACCCCACCCCACCCUGCUGCAGUACUCAUUAUGGUAAACACCUCUCGGAUUUGGCCUCAUUGUGUCUGCUGUCUCACACAAACACACCCUGCUAAAUCUGCCGGGAUUUUCUUCAGUGACUGGGCCCUGAGGCCCACUGCCGCACCCCCACUAACUGAGCACAAGUCUUUCCACAGGCUGUGUGGGGACCAGAACUAAACGGUUUCACUUCAGUAUUUGUCAUCUUGAAUUUAUUCACAUAUUUAAAAGGAAUGUCACUUUGUUAGCUGGCUAUCAGGAUUCAGAAGUGAAAAAGAUAUGAUUCAUGUCUUCGGUGAGUCCCCAAAAUGCCACAGCCCUGCCUGACAAUUUUUAAACUUCACUUUUUAUCCUUGGA